GUCCCCUCUGGAGAAUCUGGAACCAAACCUUUGAUCUUCACAUUUGUUCCAUCUAUCGGACAACUUCCAACUCAUUUUCAGGUUGUAGAUGUUUCUAAACUCCUGGUGAAAGCUUCAGAGGAGCCAAACAAUGAAAGCAGUCAAGACAUUUUAAAUAGGCCUACCAUAGCCUCUGAUAACCUGGCCUUAAAAAGUGGAAUCAGGCAAGACAGUGAAUCCAUCUACCACGCAGGCAUCUACCAGAAGAUUUUCCAGCCAAAAGGACAUAACACAAAUAAAGGAGACAUGCAGGAGAGUGACCUUUUCAAGGCUGAGUUUGUCUUUAUUACAGACUCUGAUGAUGGAGAUGAAGAGAGUGUUCUCCAAACCAAUGUUAAGCAGCCUUCCAUAGGUCUUGGCACUGGGCAUGUGAGGUGUCAAUUAUUGGCUACAUCCCACAUUUCUUCUGGUGAGGAGUCAAGCAAACCUCUUGGUGACUUGAAUGUUCCUGGGACACAAUGUUCUGUGCUGUCUGACCGUGAUACCGGUCCCUCAAAACAACACCAGUUAACUUCUCCUUCUACUUAUGAUCGUCUUUCUCAUAAACCACCUGCUGUCUGCUUAAUUUCUCCAACUAAAUUGAAAGUAGAAUGUGACAUUGUUAAUCUGAAUCAAGCCUCUUCCCUGGAAGAAUCCCAUAACAAGUGGCAGUCUGCAACUAGUUCUUCUAAACAAGAUUCAUCUGCGUGUUUUCAGGCUACUGCUCACAGUUCACCUCUUUAUGUGUCCCGGAGUUCCCCUUCUGUGUUAAACAGCACUUCUUCUAGGGCUCACUUCUCCAGUAACCUUCAAAUGCCAAAUAUGUCUAUGCCUAACUACGUUUACAAAAUGUCUGAAUUCACAACAUCAUCUGUUCCACACAAGAGUCCAACACCACCCUGUUCAAAGAGAUUUAACCCAUUUUUUGCCACCCCUGUCCAAAUCACAAAACAUUCAUUAUCACCUAAUCCUAAACCACUGUCCUCUCCAUUCUAUGGUUCCUCCUCCACCAUAUGUAGUGUAAAUGAGCCUGGUAGCAGAACAUCAUCGAGUGGAAAUCUGCUGAAGUCAGGAAUUAGGCCUCCUCUGCCAACCAGACUCUCUCUUUUAACUGCUAUUUUGAAGUCAGGUGCAUCUCAGCAAAGACCACUCUCCUCUGCAUCCUGUCCCCCUACCUUUUCUCCUAACUCCCUUCACUCCUCCACACUCACAAUAGAUCAAAAGUUUAACACAAGUCCACCUCCUCCUAAGAAAUCUGUCUCAAGCUUUUCUAUUAGGUCAAACUCUCCAAGCGAAGAGGAACAUUGGCCUUCAAUAUUUUCUCACCCACCCAGUCAUAUGCCUUUGGCCACAAAGCCCAUUUCUACUCUUCGGGCUAGAUCCAUUUCCCCUAAAAAGCACCUUCAUGCCAGAACACAUUCUCCUGACUCUUUAUAUCCUCUGUCAUCUUCUAUUUCUUCCUAUAAAAAAACAGUUGUGUCCCCACUGUUACAACCUAAAUUAUCUUCAAUACCUCCCGCUGUCCCAAAGCACUCUUCUUCCCUAAACCCUGCAUUUUCUCUUACAAAACCACUGCCUUACCCUGUCCGCAAAUCCCAAGGACCUGAAAAGUCUAGGAGAGUCCACACCUACUCACCUACUUUCACUUGUAAAUCAUAUCCUGUGUCCUCUCCUGCCAACGAAAGGGGCACAUUCUCCCCUACCCUAGAAAAAUGUUUCUCCUCUUCUCCAAAUCUUACACACACAGCCUGUACAAAAGCAGGUUCAUCCCAGUUGUCUGCUCAGGAAUUGAAUCCUAUCUCCCCUACUCCUUCAAAUGUGUCAACUCAUUGGUCUUCCUCACCUGCUAAUUCUACACUGCCUGUUCACGCACCUUAUAAUAUUCAUUCCCACUCACCACAACUUACUUCCUCCUCACUGCCCCCAAGAUCCAGAGUUUAUUCCUCAGCUGCAAGACCUGGGGAGAUGCCCACCAUAUCAGUAGCACCAUGCAGAUCUCCUGUCCCAGGACAGUCACCUUGUACACCAUUAUCCAGAUCCAGGGAGCUGAUUUCACCAAAGACUUUUUCCCUGCCUCUUGAUCAUGAAAACCUGAAACCUAAGCAAUACAAGAUCAAGACGAGCUACAAGGCUUUUGCAGCAAUCCCUACAAACACCUUGCUAAUGGAACAGAAGGCAUUAGAAGAGCCAAUUAAAAGAGAAAAAGUGUCCGAGGACACCACUUUGGACACACAUUUAGAGAUGUGUUCUCCUGCCCAGCUCAGGCAACAAACUGAAGAACUCUGUGCUGCAAUUGAUCAAGUCUUACAGGAUCCCAUGCCUAUGCGACGGUGUGAAUCUUCUCCAUCUUCCCUGCACACAUCAAUGGAUUCAGACAUAGGCAAAAUGUCUGCAACACUGCAGAGAGCAGCUGGACGAGAAACCAAAUAUGCUAAUCUUUACUUAUCGGCACCAAUAGUGACAAAGAGUCAACCGACAAAGCCUGGUGUUAUUCGUCCAGGGCCAGUGAAAACAAAAAUCUUACUGAAAGCAGAGGAGCCUUAUCAACCAAACCCUUUCAAAAAAUACCUUGAAGAAACCAGAGAUCCAGAUAUUGAACAGGAUAAUGCUCCCUAUCUGACUAAACUGAUCUUUCCAACUAAGUCCCCAUUACAUUCACAGUCCAUCUGCCAUACUGACUGUUUAAUCCCUGGGCCCUUCAGUCAUUUGUCUUCUAUCUUAUGUGAUGGUCAUGAGGGUUCUUGUAGACCUUACAGUGGCAACGCUUUGUAUAAUAAGCCCAGACAUCCCAUAGUACCUAUUCCAGAAAAUGAAGCACUCAACUCCAAGGAGUUUCAUUCUGCAGUGGUACCACGUAAAUCAGAUCUGCCUUCCACCAGUGAUAGCAGAAAGACAAGCAAAGGAAAACUUCUAGACAGUGAAAGCUCUCUCUGCAGUAAGCACUUUUCACUCAGAUUGGAGGCAGGGGAUGCUCGGGCAAAACCCAGCUAAGAGACUGCCAAUGAAAGAGGUUCUGUCUAGCUGACAGCUGUAAAUUAAUAUCAGAAGCUAAAACUGUAGAGUAUUUUGAAGACUGUUGCAAUGCUGAAAUGAAAUCAGUGCCUCAAGUGGAUUUAAAUGUUGGUUUUUUAAAAAAUGUUACUUCCUUUUGUAUUAACUACAAUGCAGCAGAAGCACUCAAAUCUGUUUUAAAAGAAAUAAUUUAGAAUGUAUCAGCAAAAAAGCCACACAGAUACAGUAGUGGAUGUGUCAAAUUUCUAUAGAAUGUCCUGAAAUGUUUGCUAUAGUUUUAAUGUGUAUGCCAGAAAGCACAUUUUUUUUUUAGAAAGCAAGUUCUAUUUUGAAAUUAAAUAAAGUUGGACUAAAUAAAGUGUGUAUCUACA